AUGGCGCCACCAAGCUAUUUGAAUGCGGUACCUCCUCCUCCCCUCCUUCUCUACCUGCUUGUUCUUAGCCAUGCUCUCCCAGUUACCACUCUUGCUGAUCAGAGCCAUGCAGUCAACAACAUGACUCGAGGCACCACCCUUAGUCCCGGGGGUUCAGGUUCAACCGCCGGCUGGGCCUCCGCUUCCGGCGACUUCGCCUUCGGCUUCUAUCCGCUCGACCGCUCCAACUCCUCCUUCCUCCUCGCCGUUUGGUUCGCCAACACCGUCCCUCCCACCCUCACGUGGUUCGCCAACGGCGACAACCCGGUCCAGCCCGGCUCUCGCCUCGACCUCACCGCCGACGGCGAACUCUCUCUCGUAGACCAUUUCGGCAGAGAGGUCUGGAACGCCAACGUCACCGGCGCCGCAUACGCCGCACUCCUCGACGCCGGCAACCUCGUCGUCAUGGGACCUAACUCCUCCGGCGUGCCGCUGUGGCAGAGCUUCGGCUCUCCGACCGACACGAUGCUCCCGGGCCAAGUCCUGACCCGGGGUGCAACUCUCCGGUCACGGCUCUCGGACUCCGACUGCUCCAAGGGGCGGUUCCAGCUCGUCAACAGUGAGACAGGCGAUCUCGUGCUCGUCCCGGUCAACGUGCCGACGGGCAUGUUCUACGACGUCUACUGGCAGACUGGCACCGCCGGCAAUCAGACUCAGCUCGUCUUCUCGGAGUCCGGCCUUCUGUACUUCAAUCUAGGAGACGGCCAUGGCGCCGGCUCGGCGGCUCUCAACUUCACUGCCAGCGCCUCUCCCUCCACCGCAGACUUCUACCACAGAGCGACCAUCGACCCCGACGGCGCAUUCCGGCAGUACGUUUAUCCGAAGCCGGGGUCGGCGAGAAUUCGAAACGCAAGCAGCUGGCCGGAGGAGUGGACGGCGGUGCUGAGCAUUCCCGCGGACGUGUGUCGGAUCCAGACGUGGACCGGCAGCGGCACCUGCGGGUUCAACAGCUACUGCAGGCCGUCGUCGGGGCCGAACCAGACGUCGUCGGCCUGUCUGUGCCCGCCGCAGUACUCGUUCAUCGACCCGUCCCGGCAGUACAGAGGCUGCGCGCCGGAUUUCGCCCCGCAGAGCUGCGCGACAGACCAGGCGAGUUUAUACGACUUCGUCGAGAUGGCCGACACCGAUUGGCCGUUCGCGGUGUACGACUACGAUGUCUACUAUCCUGUCGACGAGGCCCGUUGCAAAGAUUAUUGCUUGCGCGUUUGUUUCUGCGGAGCGGCCGUCUAUCGCGACGGAUACUGCUGGAAGAAGAAGCUACCGCUCUCUAACGGAAGAAGUGCGAGCUACGUCGGCGGGAAAACGCUUUUAAAAGUGCCCAAAAACAACAACAACAACUCUCACUACAUGUUCCCGCCCUCGCCACUCAAUACUAGUACUAGUACUAGUACUAGUACCAGUACUGUUGUUGUGGAGAAAGAAGAAGGUGAACUGAUUCUAGCAGGGUCGCUGCUUAUUGGGAUCUCCGGGUUUCUAAACGCAGUUUUGGUAGCCGCCAUUGCUCUAGCAAUUUGCAACUAUCGCAGUCGGCAGAAGAAGCAGAAGCCAGUGUCGACCGAUCCGACCAUCUCCGGCCUAAACCUGCGCGUUUUCUCCUACAGAGAGCUCGAAGAGGCCACCGACGCGUUCGGAGACGAGCUGGGCAGCGGAGCCUUCGGUACCGUGUACAAAGGGAUGCUAGCUUCUGAAUCAAACACAGUAAUCGCGGUGAAAAAGUUACGUGAUCUGGCGCUGCGCGAGUCGGAGAACGAAUUCACUAACGAGGUGCGCGCGAUCGGCCGGACCCACCACAAGAACCUGGUGAGGCUAUUCGGAUUUUGCAACGAGGGGACGCAUCGGCUGCUGGUGUACGAGUACAUGAGCAACGGAUCGUUGACGAGCUUGCUGUUUGGACCUGAGAAGCCGAGCUGGAGUAAGCGAGUCCGAAUCGCCCUGGAGAUUGCCAGAGGCUUGCUCUACUUGCACGACGAGUGCAGCGCGCAGAUUAUCCACUGCGAUAUAAAGCCUCAGAACAUACUGCUGGACGAUAAUUCGGUAGCCAGGAUCGCCGAUUUCGGGCUCGCGAAGCUUCUUAAGAACGACCAAACGCGAACGAGCACCCUUUGCAUCAGGGGGACAAGAGGAUAUGUCGCGCCGGAGUGGUUCAGGAACACCGCGAUCACCGCGAAGGUGGACGUCUACAGCUUUGGCGUCGUGCUGUUGGAGAUAAUCUGUUGCAGAAGGAGCGUAGAGAUCGACAUGGCCGAGGAUAAGGCGGUGUUGGUGCAUUGGGCUCACGAGUGCCUCAAAGAUGACAAACUGGACCUGCUGGUGGAGAGCGACGAGGCGGCCUUGGCGGAUAUGACUAGAUUGAGCAGGUUCAUAUUAGUAGCCAUUUGGUGCACGCAAGAAGAUCCGUCGCUGCGACCGUCGAUGCAAAAAGCGAUACAGAUGCUAGAAGGGCUUGUUGCGGUUGCUCUGCCAGCUGAAUCCGUCAGAUUUUAAUCAGUUCUUCAUAGCUGAAAUUGUGUUGUACUGCACUGUACUGACGAUGUUUGAACUUUGUACGCACUUCGAUACGUGCGCUCAAUCGUCGGAAAAGGUUUGUGUAACAAAUUGCAAGUUUGCGAGUUUUAAAUUCGUCAAGAACUUUUCCUCUGGCGUCUUAAAAUCCUUCUUAGAAUCAAAUUGUUCAUUUGGUUAGCUGCACGAAACAGACUCGAAUUUCUUGCAAAGCGGGGCUGGCACGGCCCCUCAAUAUGUCUUCUCUGUUGCAGGGAGGUAGAGACACUCAACCACUUGUUCUUCCUAUGCCCUUACGCCAGGUCACUUUGGAACCGUCUGCUUCGCCGACCGCUGGUGCUCCAAAUGUUGACGUCUGACUACGCUGCUGAGUUAGCCGAACGCUGGAGCAGUCUGCUAGAAAUCUACUCUCUGGCCAAUUCAAGGACCAUUUCGACCUCCUCUUCACGGCUUCAUGCUGGGAAUUAUGGAAUGAACGAAAUAAGAGACUAUUCGAAGAUCAACUCAAGCAGCCUAGCUUCCGGAGCCAAAACAUUCUCUGCACGGUGCGAUCGUGGAAAGCCGCACUCGGGGACGCGGACAGCAUCUAGGAGUGUGCGUUUUUUGGGGUUUUUUUUUGGUUUUUGGUUUUUUUGUUUCUGGGUUCCUGCUCCAAGAUCUUGAUUGUGAUCAACCCAUGCUGUCCUUGCCGUUCCUUUUUUUCGCCUUACUAGACUGCUCCUGUA